ACAAGGGUCAAAGUUGAGCAGUGCGCCUUUCAAAAUGGCGGAUGAACCAACACGGGAGUGGAGCGAUGAUCAGCUCAAAAGUGAUGAUUUGCCCAAAAAAGACAUUAUAAAGUUCAUUCAGGAUAAUGCAGCCCACUCGGUACGUUUGUCACUUCAGUCCUUUUGUGGAUUUUUCAUUGAAUGGUGUUAGGUUUGUGCGAAAGCGUCAUAUGAGCCGCAGCAUGCUGAGCUAACAGAAAGCGCUGCAGGAAGGCUGUUGAGUGAAAGCAUCAUGACACAGAGAAAUACAGCCUUACAUAGAUAAAUACAAACACGUAAUGCACGAUUCAUAUUGAACCAUUAAGGCAUUGUUUCACCUGACUGCAUGUGCUGGCUGAUGUGUUUGGGGGUGUUUUUUCGGGCCAUAAAUUCACAUGAUGAAAUGAAAUAUACUCAAAUCUCCCAUUUUGAAAACUUGUCACUUCCUUCUGCAGUUCCUCAACGAGCACAAGCUGCUGGGAAAUAUUAAAAAUGUGGCCAAAACAGCAAAGAAAGAACAACUGAUUAUCGCCUACAAUCAGCUGUUUCUGAGCAAAGUAAGAUAUCCUAAAGAGACUGCAGCUGUGAACAUCAUCCAAGCAACGCAUCCAGUUACACAUGUCCAGCCUCACUUCUUGUCAUGCUGUCUUCUUGUUUGCAGAGGUUCAAAGGCACUGAACCAGUUGAAGAAGUGACUGAGAAAGUGAAGGCCGUAAAAAUUGAUGAGAAACCCAAAGAAGUCAAGACAGAAGUAGUGGAUGAGGUAUUAGUUCAGCAUUUUUAUCAUACUAUACUAUGACAUUUUUUAACAUACUAUACUAUGACAUUUUUUACCAUACCAUACUAUGACAUUUUUAAUCAUAAUAUACUAUGAUAUUUUUAACAUACUAUACUAUGACAUUUUUGACAUGUUUUUAACAUACUAUACUAUGACAUUUUUAACAUACUAUACUAUGACAUUUUGGACAUACUAUACUAUGAUGUUUUUAACAUACCAUACUAUGACAUUUUUGACAUAUUAUACUAUAAUGUUUUUAACAUACUAUACUAUGACAUUUUUGACAUACUAUACUAUGAUGUUUUUAACAUACUAUACCAUGACAUUUUUAACAUACUAUACUAUGACAUUUUUUAUCAUACCAUACUAUGACAUUUUUGACAUACUAUACUAUGAUGUUUUUAACAUACUAUACAAUGACAUUUUUGACAUACUAUACAAUGAUGUUUUUAACAUACUAUACUAUGACAUUUUUUACAUACUAUACUAUGAUGUUUUUAACAUACUAUAUUAUGACAUUUUUGACGUACUAUACUAUGAUGUUUUUAAUCAUACUAUACCAUGACAGUUUUGCCAUACUAUACUAUGAUGUUUUUUUUAUCAUACUAAACUAUGACAUUUUUUAUCAUACUAAACUGACAUUUUUAACAUACUAUACUAUGACAUUUUUGACAUAAUAUACUAUGAUGUUUUUAACAUACAAUACUAUGACAUUUUUAACAUACUAUACUAUGACAUUUUUUAUCAUACCAUACUAUGACAUUUUUGACAUACUAUACUAUGAUGUUUUUAACAUACCAUCCUAUGACAUGUUUAACAUACUAUACUAUGACAUUUUUAACAUACUAUACUAUGACAUUUUUGACAUAUUAUACUAUGAUGUUUUUAACAUACCAUACUAAGACAUUUUUGACAUAUUAUACUAUAAUGUUUUUAACAUACUAUACUAUGACAUUUUUAACAAACUAUACUAUGACAUUUUUUACCAUACCAUACUAUGACAUUUUUGACAUACUAUACUAUGUUUUUAACAUACUAUACUAUGACAUUUUUGACACACUAUACUAUGAUGUUUUUAACAUACUAUACUAUGACAUUUUUAACAUACUAUACUGUGAUGUUUUUAACAUACUAUAUUAUGAUAUUUUUGACAUACUAUACUAUGAUGUUUUUAAUCAUACUUUACUAUGACAUUUUUUACCAUACCAUACUAUGACAUUUUUGACAUACUAUACUAUGAUGUUUUUUUUUAUCAUACUAAACUGUGACAUUUUUUAUCAUACUAUACUAUGACAUUUUUAACAUACUAUACUAUGACAUUUUUUAACAUUUUAUGCUAGGACAUUUUUGACAUACUUUACUAUGACAUUUUUAAUCAUACUAUACUAUGACAUUUAUGACAUACUAUACUAUGAUGUUUUUUUAUCAUACUUAACUAUGACAUUUUUCAUCAUACUAUACUAUGACAUUUUUUAACAUUUUUUGCUAUGACGUUUUUAUCAUACUAUACUAUGACAUUUUUAACAUACUAUACUAUGAUGUUUUUACCAUACUAUAUUAUGACAUUUUUGACAUACUAUACUAUGACGUUUUUUACCAUACUAUACCAUGACAUUUUUGACAUACUAUACUAUGAUGUUUUUUUUUAUCAUACUUAACUAUUAGCUAUUUCAAUAAUUGCCUUAAAAAUACAGACUCUAUCAUGAGCUCCUCCUGUGUUUUUUUCUUCAGGGUCCACCCAAGUUCUUCAAGUCAGUCCUGAAGAAAGGUGACAAAGAAAACUUCCCAAAGAAAGGAGACACUGUGGGCUGCUGGUACACUGGCUCACUGGAGGACGGAACUGUCUUUGACACCAAUAUCCCCACAAGUAUGUCAGACGUUACACCUCCACCACUAGUGAAACUCCACCUCUUAUAUUUUGCAGAGUUUAAUCUAAGAAAGCAGCAUGGAUAUUGAUGCAGAGGAAAUCAUAAUAGCAGUCAAGAGUGUAACUGUUAAAUUCCAUCAUCUUUUCUGAGUGAUUACAGUUUUUUUUAUCCUAAAUUUUUAAAAAAUAUUUUACAUAAAUAGCACUUACAGAGAUUUCCGGUGUAAAAUUAAGUUAGGUUCAAACACACAGUUGCACCGAGUUAGACACUGUUGCUCUGCUAGGGAUUGAUUUAUAACCAACUUUCUUGUUCCUGCAGCGGCAAGAAAGAAGAAGCAAACCAAACCCCUUUCCUUCAAAGUUGGCCUGGGCAGAGUCAUCCGAGGAGUGAGUGAUUCUGCUCUUUGUUCACUCUGUGUAUACAUUUCAAUCACUAUCCGACAGAACAUCCCUCUACUCAGUAUCAUCUGUAUUUCUCUUCCUUCACAGUGGGAUGAGGCCCUUCUUACAAUGAGUAAGGGUGAAACAGCUCGAGUGGAGAUUGAACCUGAGUGGGCCUACGGUAGAAAGGGUCUCCCUGACUCCAAGUAUCCUUUUCCUUGGCUGAUUUUCACUGUGUGUAUGUUAUUAAACAGUCCUGACUAAGACGCCUGAUUGGUCAGGAAGGAUUUCAUGACUACAACAGGGGAUUUGUCUGGAUUGAUUAAACUGGUACCUCAGGAUUAAUCAGGCUGCUGAAGUAUUUUGUAGGACUCUUAUUUCAUUAUUUGGUAACAUACAGAUAAAUCUGGAUUACAGAAAGUCGCUUGGCUGCUGGAGCUGUACUCAUUCACUGAGAAUUGUGCUGGAAAAUGUUUAGGUUGCUUAGCAACAGAUGAUUUUUAAUUAUGGUCUUAUGUUCAGUUUUCACCCACCGACUACAUCUGUUGGUGUGUGAAAAUUAAUGAUCAACAUCUACAUUUUUUAAUUUCCUUGGAGGAACCUUCCCAAAAAGAGCAACAAAGUUCAGUUUUAUCUAAUCUACAAAUCUGUUAUUUAUAUAUUUUAACAAAUAUGAUAAAUUUUAACACCUGGGGUCUUCUGACUGUCCUGUACUGACUAUAUUACUGAAGCGUCCUCUGUCAUUUGCUCCUUAACUCCAGAACUACCAGAAUCCCACCAAACGCAAAGCUGAUUUUCGAGGUUGAGCUGGUGUCCGUGGAUUAGCUGAUGGGUUUUGGCCAGCAUGCACUACUUUUCAGGGAUGGAGGGGGAUAUAAUUCUGACUUGUUUUGUUAAGUUUCUGGUUAAAACGGUAUUUGGACUGAGCCGUCCUGUUUCUAUUUUGUCUCAUCUUGUUGCGAGGAACAGACAGCUAUUACAGCAUUCUUGGUUUUGGCUUGUCAAUAAUGUAAAUAUGAGACACUCUGAAACCUUAUUCUCUGUCUUUUUGUUUGUUCUUUUGCAUGUACAAUGUAAAUGAGAAAUAAACCUGUUUCAGAGACUUAAAAA